AUGCUGACAAAGGAUCCUAUAGAACUCGAGAAACUUCAGCAAUUCGCGGAAAAAGGCGGUAUAGGCGCCUGCGUAGCGAAUCAAGACACAUUAGCUAAUACCGAAGAUGAUUUGAUGUUCUUUGAAGGGGAUAAAAUCACGGUAUUAAAACAUAUCGCAAAAGAUCUUUAUCUUGGUUAUUGCGAAGGUGUCAUAGCUGAGCUUUCAAUACCGCCUUCUGGCCAAGAGAAUACAUUAUUAAAUACAGUAUCAUCAGGAGGACCACGUCGACAAAAUUCUACGCCAUCUUCUGGCCAAGCGAGUGUAUUAUCAAAUACAGUAUCAUCAGGAGGACCACGUCGACAAAAUUCUACACCACCUUCUGGUCAAGAGAAUACAUUAUCAAAUGCGGUAUCAUUAGGAGGACCACGUCGACAAAAUUCUACGCCAUCUUCUGGCCAAGAGAGUGCAUUAGCAAAUACAGUAUCAUCAGGCGGACCACGUCGACAAAAUUCUACACCAUCUUCUGGUCAAGAGAAUACAUUAUCAAAUACAGUAUCAUCAGGAGGACCACGUCGACAAAAUUCUACACCACCUUCUGGCCAAGAGAAUACAUUAUUAAAUACAGUAUCAUCAGGAGGACCACGUCGACAAAAUUCUACGCCGUCUACAUUUACUGCACCUGAACAACCACGCCAAACUCAAAUAACUCCACAUCGACAGAAUACGUCACCAGCACUACACAAUAAAGCUUUAUCCAUCGAGACUAAACCGACGCUCUUGAGUCUUGAUCCAAAUAAAUCAUCGGUGGAAAUUGCGAAAAGUAUCAACAGUCAUCAAAGUCCUCUGGGAGUUAACACAUCAGUAGCUGGACGCUCUCCUCCAGGAUCUGUCCAGAAUUCUCCAAUUUCCCCUCAAUCCACGCGAAGUGGAAGUACAACACCAGUUCUACCUCCAUCCACUAACAGCAACAAUAAUACUUCAAAUGUUCCUAAAAAUUUGCAAAGCGUUGGAAAUUUAAAAUAUCAAAAAUCCGAAUCUUUAUCUCCAACUUCUGAUAAUAUACAAACAGAUCAUAUGACUCAAAAUACAUCAAAUCCGAUAGCGUAUCCUCUAUUUAAUGUACCAACUUUUGUAAUACAACCGGAGACUCCAACACGUCCUACAAUGAACCCAAAUCAGAAUUCACUUCCCAAAAAUACACAUAUUGAAGAUCGAACAUUUGAUCAAUCAUCGCCUAAUUCGAGGUCACCAUCUCCUAACUCUUCUUCUCAACAAAUGCGAUUCGAUUCUUCAUCACCACCUGGGAAUCCAUAUAAUCAUUGGAGAUCCGAUCAAUCUCCAACAGAUUCUCGUUCUUCUUCUCCAAUAUCAUCUCCGCCACAUAGAUCAUCAUCUCGUCCUUCUUCGCCCAUAUCACCCCUUCCUCAUAGAUCAUAUUCAUCACACUCGCCAAUUUCAUCAUCUGCUACACGUGUUAGCAGCAAUAUUAGCAGCAAUUACAGUGAUGACGAUGACGAAGAAGAAUCUUUAAUUGCUUACUCUUCAAGUAGAAAUAAACGUAAUGCUAUUCAACAAUCAUCAACGCCGAAUAAUCAAAAUACUCCGCAUCGUCUUGUAGUAAGCACAACUCCUCAAUCGGAACAAUUGAGCUCUAAUGGAAGCUAUGAUAAUACAUCUGACGAUGAUGAAUCGACAAUUGCGCAUUCGAUAUCACAGAAUAGAGAAGAUGAGACUCCUCUUCAUAAAAAAGAGCAAAUUUUAGCAGUUGACAAUUAUGGAUUUGUAGUUGAUGUUUCUGAAGGUGAUAUUCCGGAAGGAGCUGACAGGAUUCAAAGAAUGUACGCGUUGAAUGAAUUUUUUGUUUCUCAUUUUCAUUAUGCUUUGAUUCUGAAAAAGUUCUUGUUAUACAGUCAAGCUCCAGGUUAUUCAGAAAAGAACUCACGUAACAUCCGACAAUAUCGUGAACGAGAAGCAAAAUGGCUGAAUAUAAUAGCAACCAUGGAUACCGCAACUGCAAGAGAAUCCCGAAGGAUUAAGAAAUUAGUUCGUCAAGGUAUUCCUGAAUCAGUUCGCGGUAAAGCUUGGCAAUUUAUGGCUGGCGCCAAUAAAUUUAGGAAGCCCAAAGUUUACGAAGUGGGUAAAUCACAAUCAAGGGUACUUCGAAAACGUGAAAGACUUCCUAUAUAUGACGUGAUUGAAAGAGAUAUUCAUCGAUGUUACCCAGAUCAUAUUCAAUUUCGUGAAGGAAAUAGCUCGGGUCAAUCAGAUCUUUACGAUAUUCUGAAAGCUUAUGCCCAUUAUAAUCCAGCGGUCGGUUAUUGCCAAGGAAUGGGUCGCUUAGUUGGCAUGAUGCUGAUGCAAAUGCCAGCUGAAGAUACAUUUUGGCUGCUCGUAGCCACGAUUGAAGAAUAUAUGAAUGGUUACUUUACACCCACACUCUCUCAAUUACGUAUAGAUUCAGAGGUUUUCAAGCAGUUAUUGACUGAACAUGACCCUAAAUUGGCACAACAUCUGGCUGACAAUGAUAUUGUGCCAUUGAUGUACAUGACCCAAUGGUUCAUGACAAUUUUCACCAUGGCUUUGCCUUGGGCAUCUGUCUUGAGAAUUUGGGAUAUAUUUUACUUUGAAGGAGUCAAAUUAUUUUUCCGCGUAGGCCUUGCAAUCUUGGAUUGCACGAGAGAUCACAUCCUAAAAAAAUGUCCAGGAAGUUCAGAGAUAUUGGCUUUUCUUCUUCAUAUUCCACCCGAUAUGCUAACGCCUGAAGUUCUUUUGGAUGCCGCAUUUAAUAUUCGUAUACGACGAAGUUCUAUAAGGAGAUUAAAGAAACGUAUAGCUAUGGAGAGUAAUAAUGAAAUAAUGGGUAAUAAUAAACGUGAUCAAACCGUUUUGGUAAAAAAACAAAAGAUUUCUGAGCAAGAUCGGGUAAAAAAGGUUGGUGGUGUUGAAUUCAGAAUAGAAUCUUAA